GGUUUCUUAGUAGGUCAGAGGGCUUCCGGAACAAUGGAAAGCUGAAACUAAACUCCUCUAGCCGUUUUCAUUGUUAUCUCUUUAAAUGAUUUUUGUUCAAAACACCACCAUAGCCUGUAGAAUGGAGAUCGGUGCUUUAUCAUGAAACUCCGCGCGCAGUAUGACAGAGAAGCAUAUAGCGAGUCCAGAAGAGUUCUGAAACUGAGGGAUUCACCUGUUCCAAUGCAGCCCGAACCGAACCCGCAGGAGGGGAACGGGCUGUCAUUAACCCUGCAGCCGGAGCUGCUCGCCCGAAUGCCGGCGGCUGGAACAUCUGGCGGCCCGGAAACCGGCGAGGACGUCCGGGUUCCCAUCGCCAGCUCACCGGGGCCGACAGGUGGACGAGGAGCGACCUCGCGGAGGGCGAGAGCAGGCAGUCACACUCAAUGCCAAUCUCAUUCUCACGUGCACGUGCGCGCUCACGAGUGUGACAGCGGCGAGUCUGACCUGGAAUCCGGCGAAUCCAGUAGCUCAUUAUCAGAGCUGCGUUACCUCUUGCGCUGGGUGAAGAAAAGUCUUCCCUUCAUGGUUAUUCUGUGUGCGAAACUAGUCAUUGAGCAUGCCCUAGGUCUGGCUGUUGCAAUUGGUCUGUUUACCACUUUUAUGUAUGUCAACAAAAGCAUUCAAACACAAGUGUUUCUCCACGACCGAAGGACAAAGUUGCACUGUGCCUGGCUCGUGCUUUUUCUCAUGACCUGCAGUCUCCAUGUUUUUUACACUUUUAACACUCAGUCACUUUAUCGCGGCCUCAUUUUUGCCAACCCGACAAUAGAUUCCCAAAAUUUCUGGGAGGUUUUGUGGUGUGUUGGUGUGACUAACUUCAUUGUGAAGUUUAUCUUCAUGGGGCUCAAGUGUAUUCUUCUUCUCGUCCCCUCACCCCUCAUGGCAUACCAGCGAAGGGGUCAGUGGUAUAUGCUUAUUGAGGAGGUGGGGCAGGUGUAUCAGGUGAUUGCUCCGGUCCCACUCUGGUUCCGCUAUCUGGUCAGCUACGAUGAAAUGGAUAACUCAGUUGGUCUGACUCUGGGAAUUCUGCUGGCCUUGCUCUACCUCAUAAUGAAGCUUUUAGGACUGUACGGACAGUGGGGAUCUUUGAAAAGAACUUUCCGGGCGUUUUUCAGUCCUGAGGUGAAUGGAGCCCCAGCCAGUGUGGCUCAGUGCAGAGAGGCAGGAGACAUCUGUCUGAUCUGUCAGGCUGAUUUUAAGCAGCCUCGGAUCCUCGUGUGUCAGCAUAUUUUCUGUGAGGAAUGCAUAGCACAGUGGUUCAACCAGGAGAAGACGUGCCCCCUCUGCCGCACUGUUAUCACAGACAAGGUGCACAAGUGGAAAGAUGGUGCAACUUCAGCAUAUUUACAAAUCUACUGAACACGCUGCUCACUGCGAGGAUGAGGACACAGUGUUCUGACAUGUUGAGACAGACGUGUUCUGACCAGCAAAGGAUUUGCACAAUGUGAUCGUGGCUCAUCCCAAACAUCUCGGUUGUGAGAUUGCUAUGUUGCGCAUACAGCACUUGUUUCAGGGCUGUAGUCACUGGAGUAAUGACAGCUAUCUCUAGGUUUAUGUUUUUUUUGUAUAGAUAAUUUUGUAUAGAUAAAAAAAAAAAAGGCAAGUGCGCUCACCAGCUCUUUAUAUUAUUAUUAUUAUUAUUAUUAUUAUUGCAUGUGGAACUCCCUUAUAUUUUUGUUAGACUUAUAAUUUAUAUUCUUCAUUGUGGUUUUGCAUGCCAUCUUUGGUUUUACUCAUUUCUUUUUCCAGCAUUUUUGGGUUUAAGUGGAAAAAUGGUAUCCUUUUCUAAUGUGGGGACAAAUGGAUUUUAUUUGUGACAAAACACUCAAACAUUCAUUUUCCCCUUCUCUAAAUGUAUUUUCCAAUUUUGAAGUGUUUUUUUAUUUCAUGUUUCAUAGGUACUGGGUCUUUUAUCUUUUGUAUGAAACAUAUUCUAUGUAAAUACUGUUUUUGUCACAACAAAACACAUUUAUGAAUCCUUAUAAGUAAUUUGGAAGAAUGCUGAUGGCAUUUACAGACUUUGUGUUCCCUUUGAAGUAUUCUGGUUUAUUCAGUAAUAAUCUGAAUUCAAAGUUUAAGUUUUCCAAGAUGUAAUUACAUAUGCAUACUACUUAUUUAUUAAGGAUGUAGCAUUAGAAUUGUAUGACUGUGAUUCUAGUAUCAAGACCAGAUAAUGCUCGUCACUUUUGCAUCAACAAAAUGUUACUGUACAUGCAAAAUGCAUUUGUAAUUCAGGCUCUAUACAGAUUUAUGGUAUUUUUCUAAUACAUGUUUGUAAUAAACCAAAGAGUUUAUGAAGAAAUAUCUAAUUUAGGACCAUGAUAAAGUAUGUAGUUACAUUUAUAUUUUUAUUGUACAUCAAGUAUAUUUUGUAUCAAGCAAGAGAGCUGACCAAAUAACUUUUUCACACUGUUCAAAUGUAUCACUUAAAUAUUUUGUCCAGUAAAAUACAUACCAGUGUUGCUCAUCAAAUGCACUAAUUAAACUUUGAUUUGGUAAGAUUCAUCACCUAUCAAACAAAUUUGAAUCAGCCUAACCUGAUAAGAGUACCAUGGAUUUCUGAGAUCAGCUUUCUAACUUCAGUUCCUAAGAUUAUAAAAAAACACACUUAGCACCCAGUCUUAAUAUUCCAACAUAACUGCAAGAAUCAGUGGGGGAUAGUUAGUGUUCAAGAAAUGUUUUAAACCUAGGCCUCAAGUCUUGUGAUAAUAGGAACUGGACUCAUGGUCACACUUUACAACUCAUCAGUCUGUCAAAAGUGAUACAAGAAAACAGUUUUACCUUAUUGUCUGCCAUAUUAUGAGCCCUUUCUUGCAGCAAGAGUUGCAGAGUUUGAAUAAAAUGUUAAUAUUUGUGAAUGCAAAGGCAAAAUGUAAUGCUUCAGUAGUCUAAGCACCAAUUAAGAGGCAUCGUAAUUUAAUCAAGUUGCUACUCUUGCAGAUUUCACAGGGCUGUUAACUGCCACUGCACAGCAGGCUGUUGUUCAUCAGUAGGCACUGUAGUUGACAGUAUACAAGCAAACAGCUUGAGAUUUUCACAAUCAGCAUGCUUCCUGUGUAUAGCGAGUACAGCCAAUUACUGACUUGAUGCAAACUGCGGCAAAGCCCACACAGUUCAAUCAGAGCAAUAAUGUCCAACCACAAUUACAGUCUACACAAUGGAAAUGAGGUUAAUAUCACAUUCAAUCAGAGAUUUACAAAACAAGACCAGGAUAUUUUACACUCCAAUGGGAAAAAUGUGUGGUGUCUAUAAUCAUGUCCAGAAAUUGUUUAGAUGUGGUUACACAGACUUUCCAUUCAUAACAAUAACAAUGUACCAUGCAUACAGGAAUGGCUGUGAACAAGAUACUUCUUAGCAUAAAACCACCCAUUAUGACUUUGAUUUUUUAGUCUUAGCAGCCCUGGAAUAAAUUUUUUUUUUUUUUUUUUUUUUUUUUUUUUUUUUUAAAUA